CAUUUAAAGAAUGAUGAACCCAAUAUGUCUCCUGGUUGGCUAAGCAACUAAGAGGACCUGCUAACUUGACCUUCUCUUCUUUUCCAGAUCUUGGCCAUCGUGUCCAUCCUGUUCAUUGUCCUCUCCACCAUCGCGCUGUCUCUCAACACACUCCCGGAGCUGCAGGAGAUGGAUGAGUUCGGACAGCCCAACGACAACCCCCAGUUAGCACACGUGGAGGCCGUGUGUAUUGCCUGGUUUACCAUGGAGUACCUCUUACGGUUCCUGUCCUCACCAAAUAAAUGGAAGUUCUUUAAAGGCCCACUGAACGUUAUCGACUUGCUGGCCAUCUUGCCCUAUUAUGUCACCAUUUUCCUCACGGAGUCCAACAAGAGUGUGCUGCAGUUCCAGAACGUGAGGCGGGUGGUUCAGAUCUUCCGAAUCAUGCGAAUCCUCAGGAUCCUGAAACUUGCCAGACAUUCAACGGGCCUGCAGUCUCUGGGCUUCACCCUGAGGCGGAGUUACAACGAAUUGGGUUUGUUGAUAUUGUUUCUGGCCAUGGGGAUAAUGAUAUUUUCCAGCCUGGUAUUUUUUGCCGAGAAGGACGAAGAUGCUACCAAGUUCACCAGUAUCCCGGCCUCGUUUUGGUGGGCCACCAUCACCAUGACCACUGUAGGCUAUGGGGACAUCUACCCAAAAACGUUAUUAGGGAAGAUCGUGGGGGGCCUGUGCUGUAUUGCGGGGGUUCUGGUGAUUGCCCUUCCCAUCCCAAUCAUUGUGAACAAUUUUUCUGAGUUUUACAAAGAGCAGAAACGCCAGGAGAAGGCCAUCAAAAGGAGAGAGGCUCUCGAACGGGCCAAGAGAAAUGGAAGCAUCGUUUCUAUGAACUUAAAAGAUGCCUUUGCUCGAAGUAUGGAACUGAUAGACGUGGCGGUGGAGAAGACGGGAGAGUCGGCCAACACCAAAGACUCCGCAGAUGAUAAUCACCUCUCUCCAAGCCGGUGGAAGUGGGCCAGGAAAGCUCUGUCAGAAACAAGCUCCAACAAGUCUUACGAGAAUAAGUACCAGGAGGUCAGCCAGAAAGACUCCCACGAGCAGCUGAACAACACUUCUUCCUCCAGCCCGCAGCAUCUAAGCGCCCAGAAACUGGAGAUGCUGUACAACGAAAUCACGAAGACGCAGCCUCACCCGCCCCCCAACCCCAAUAGCCAAGUGCAACCCGAGAGGCCGUCUGCGUACGAAGAGGAGAUAGAGAUGGAGGAGGUGGUCUGCCCGCAGGAGCAGCUGGCCGUGGCGCAGACCGAGGCCAUCGUGGACAUGAAAAGCACCUCCAGCAUCGACAGCUUCACCAGCUGUGCCACCGACUUCACGGAGACCGAGAGGUCGCCCCUGCCACCGCCCUCGGCUUCCCACCUGCAGAUGAAGUUCCCCCCCGACCUCACCGGGAUGGAAGAGCACCAAAGAGCCAGGGCCCCCCCCUUCCUAACCUUAACCAGAGAGAAGGGGUCCGCGGCCAGGGAGGCCACCUCGGAAUACGCUCCAAUCGACAUAACUGUGAACCUUGACACCGGCGGCUCCCAAAGUGGACCCCACGGCCCUCUGCAGUCGGACAGUGCCUCCGAGAGCCCCAAGAGCUCUCUGAAAGGCAGUAACCCUCUCAAGUCCAGAUCGCUCAAGGUGAACUUCAAGGACAGCAGAGGGGGUGCUCCACAGACCCCGCCCAGCACAGCCAGGCCGCUGCCGGUCACCACGGCUGACUUUCCGAUGGGCGCCCCGCAGCUCAUCAGCACCAUCCUCUUAGAAGAAACCCCGUCCCAGGGAGACAGACCCUUGCUGGGCGCCGAGGUUCCGCCACAUUGUCAGGGACCCUCCAAAGGGCUGACGCCUCGGUUUCCCAAGCAGAAACACUUUGCUUUCUCGUCGAGAGAGAGGAGGAGCUUCACGGAAAUAGACACUGGCGAAGACGAUGACUUCUUAGAGCUCCAAGGGACCCCUAGGCAGGACAAACAGGCAGACUCCAGCCCAAACUGCUUUGCAGAUAAGCCUAGUGACGGAAGAGACCCUUUAAGACAAGAGGCCUCUGUGGGCUCUUCCCCUCCACGGGACACAAGUCACAACUGUAGGCAAGACAUUUACCAGGCUGUGGCGGAAGUAAAAAAGGACAACAGUCAAGAAGGGUGCAAGAUGGAAAACCACUUGUUUGCUCCAGAAAUUCAUUCCAACCCGGGAGACACAGGUUACUGUCCCACACGUGAAACCAGCAUGUGACUAGUUCCAAAAGCAAUAAUAAUAAUAUACUUAAAAAAAAAAAACUUGUUUCUUAAAAAUGCGGUUAAUAAUGCCUGUGAACUAAAACGUGGGAAGCCCCUCUCCCCACCCCCAAAAAGUGCAUAAAAUGUUAUUUUUGCAUGGCAUGAACAGUUUAGUUUAAGUACUGUUUAAAUAAAGACUCGAGACUGCAUUUUGUACCAAACAAACAAAAAUGACGAAGAACAGUGAGCAAAUAAAGAGCUCUAUUAGGAACCCGUAUUCUGCAAUGUCUAACAUUUUUGAUCCUUUCAUUUCAGAUUGUAGACAGAGUUUCAACUUUGAGCUUUUCUGUUACAAUGAAUUUAGAAUUUGCACAUGAAAGGAUGAAAUGUCAUUGCAUGUAUUCAUAAAGGCACAAGGUGCUUUGAGCUUGCAAAAUGCAUAACUUUGUAAAUAACAGGGCUUGGGAUGCAAAAGUGUCAAGAACAGAUGGAAACAAGUUUCUGAGACACAAGCACUUCCUUCACAGCUACUGCCUGGAGGAGCUGUACAGACUUCUUGUUGCAAAAUUGCAACCUCUUCUUAAACCAUCUCACAUAUCUUGCUU